UGUACCAUUAGCCUACGGCAGGGGGUUACACAAACGAUCAUUAUUUCACUUUAGCCAACGAAUUCUGUUAGUGACGUAUAAAUCGCAACUUAUAAUACAUUUAAAGAAAUUGGAAAUCUGUCAAAAGCCUUUUAUUAGUUCGAGCCUAGAGACAACGUCAGUUUGCACAUUUAGACUCGUCUGGUUUUGCAUACAGCGGAAGCUCCAGUUGUUGUCCCAGCUAUGAGGUGUUUUCAUCGUCAAUACUAAAGUAAAAUAAGCAACCAGAGAAAAGGAAUCUACGUCUUAUACACCCUACCAUGGAUAUAAGGGUUCAUAUGAAUACAUCCUUUCCAGUGCUUUGUAUCCACAACCUGUUGGGACAUUUAUGAUUCUCCAAUAUAAUAGAGUACACCAAGAUCCUCAACAAACAAAGCCCAAUUGCUGCUCAAUUAUCUGAUUUUGUUUCUCUUUCUGUUUUAUUUUUAUUCACCCCCAGUAUACUAGUGCCAUUUAUUUAGAAAUCUUACAUAUAAUUAUUAAAAAAGGUGUCUGGAUAGUUUUACAGUAUUAUUCUUACCACAUUGUUGGUAUAUUUAUUAAAUUGGAUUCAAACAAAAAUGUCACAUUGCUUAAGCAAGGCUGAUCAAGAAUUGUCUGACAGAUAAAUACAUACAGUCUAUGUAUACAGUGCAUGUAUAUGCUUUAAAGUAUGGAAGGAGACAUGCCGCAAGAAAGAAGAGGAGAUGCUGCCACAGACUGUGACACUAGUAUCAAUUCCUCCCUUCCUCAGUCAGGAUCUAGUAUGGACGAUGUGGAUAUUGUAGACACUCAGUAUUCAAUGCAAAGCGUGCCUGAAGCAAACAGUGCCCAAACAUCAGUGACACCAACUGACUGUGUUCCAGAAAUUGAAAUCAAACUGGAAUCAAGUGACGAGGAGGAGGGUGGUGGAGUAAAGUUACAAAGUUCCUGUUCUAAACAAAGUGAGAGUGUUAAAGCUCACCUUGACAGUGAAAACUCUAGAAGAGCACCCAAUGAUACGCACAGUCCUUCAAUUUUCAGACCAGCCAGGAAGAGGAAAGUUACCUCAGAGGUCUGGCAGUUUUUUUAUCGAGAUGCCACAAACAUCUGCAGAGCCAUUUGCAGUCUCUGUAGAAUGAGCGUUAGCCGGGGGAAAUUGGGAGGAAACUUUGGAACCACUGCAUUGAAGCGUCAUUUAGAGAGCAAGCACCCAAUAGAGUGGGGACAACGGAAAUCUAUGAGACUGCAGAGACCAGAUGCUGUGGAAGAAGAAGAGGAGGAAACUUUUGAGGAUGAGGAAGAGAAGGAAGAGCAAUUUGAAAAAAUUACAAUUCAGGAAGCAUCAUAUGACUCUCCAAGUACCUCUAGUACUCAUAUUACUAUGGCAAAACCUUUAAAGGCUCCAAAUUCUCUUAGAACAUAUGAGAUUAGUGAUUCCAGUGAUGAAGAAGGGGAUAAAGGCAGAGAUGAAAAAGACUCUUUGGAAUAUGGGGAGGGAAGCAAAAGAAAGAGAAUGAUGCUUGCUCAGGACCAAUGCAGGGAAACAGACUCUUUCUCCAGUUAUACCAUUGAUUCUAUUAAUCCUCCUCUGGAACCUGUAGCACAACAGCAGCAUUCCUCACAAUUCAGUUUCCCUGACUAUCAUCUUAUACCACCAGGUAGCAGAAAAAGGAAGUCUACAUCUGCUGUUUGGCAGUUUUUCUAUAUUGAUAGAACAAACAUCUGCAGAGCUAUCUGUACUCUUUGCAAAACCAGCGUAAGCCGAGGAAAAAUAGGAGGACAUUUUGGAACUUCAGCACUAAUGCGCCACCUUGAGGGAAAGCACCCUGUAGAAUGGGGAAGAGGCAAAAUCAACAAACCAAAGAGUAUCAAUGUAGUAGAGGUGGAAGAGGAUGAGGAUGAGGAGGCAGAUUAUCAAUUGGAACAGAUUUAUCCUCAGCCAGUGGUUCCUUUUCUAAAUUUUAAAUCGCCAUGUUUUCCUCAAUAUUCUGAUUUAUCUCACAAUGUCCCUUCUUCAGUUCCUGUAGUACCCUUACAAUAUAAUACUAAUGAUAAAGAAGACGUUUUUAAGGAAAUUGCCAACAAUUGUGCAACUGUUACAUUUGCCUCUUUACAAGAUGAACAUAUGUCAUCAAUGAGAAAUGAUCUGAAUGAAGAUGGAAAGUAUACCCCAAAUCACCCAAAGGCGCAGUCAUGGAACAGGAAUAUUGCAGAGCUCAUGUGUGGGAUGGGACUUUCCUACUCUUUCAUUGCUUCAAAAGCUUUUCGUAAAUUUAUGGCAAGAGCAGACCCCCGAUAUUGUGUGCCGUCAAAAUCCUUUCUCUCUGGUAAGGCAAUUCCUCAACUGUAUGAAGCAGUGUGUGAGAAAGUGGUAUGUGAAUUAAAAAGAUCUGAAAACCCACACAUCCACAUAGCUACUCAUAUGUGGAGCAGUGAUCUUACUAUGGAUUAUUUGGCUCUGACUGCACAUUGGGCAGUUUUAAAUGCAGAUUCUCAGCCUUCCAGUAAAAGGAAGUAUGCAGUAUUAUUCAUAAAACGAUUCCCAAAAGACUAUACCGAAGGCAAUAUCCAACAAGAACUCUUUCGGCAAGUGAAUUUAUGGCUUUCUCCUAAUGCCUUGAAUCCUGGAUUUUUCAUCUCUGGUGGAGACAUGAAUCUAGUACAUGCUAUUAAGGGUGCUAAUUUUACAUUUAUACCAUGCUUUGCGCAUUCCUUAAAUUCCCUUGUAGUGGACUUUCUGCAGAGCAAUCGACAUAUAAACAAUAUGCUUGGGUUAGUUAGAAAGGUCUGUAGUCACUUUCUUCACUCUGCCAGGGCAAGACGAAUCCUGAGUGAGCUUCAGUACCAAUAUAACUUGCCAAAGCAUACUCUGAAACUUGAGACAGUGCCACAUUGGACAUCCACAUAUUAUAUGUUGCAAAGGCUUCUUGAACAGCAAAAAGCUGUCCAAGAGUACCUAGGAACACACAAGCUAGAAACCUCUGACAUAGUUGUCACAUCCGUUCAUUGGAACCUUAUAGCUUCUUUGGUAGAUCUAUUGCAACCAUUUGAGAUGGCUGCCCGUGAAGUUAAUUCAAAUGAUUCUUCUUUGAGUCAAGUACUGCCAGAAGUUCGAUACCUCCACAUUUUCCUUAAGCAAAUCAGAAGCCAUUUUGAAAGUAAGGGAGAUGCUAAUGGAGUUGUUCUGGCUGAUAGUUUUGCGUUAAAACUUUCAACAGACUAUGGAAUCAAUGAAAUGUUCCAGAGGGAAGAAUAUGUUCUAUCAACCUUAUUGGAUCCACGUUUCAAAGGAAGAAUUGAAGCAAUUCUGCCACCUGGUUCUGACAUUGAUCAUUGGAAACAAGUGCUUGUAAAGAAAGUUAAAGAAGUUAUGUCUUCAUCUUGCUCCUUAUAUUCACCCUCUGAUAUCUGCAAGAUGCCAAACACAACUGGGCAAUUCAUGAGAGACUAUGAUUCAGAAUCUGAGCUUCAAGGUUUCAAAAAUUUUGACAUGGAAGGAAUGAUGAGUACUGGACUUCAAUGGAGAAGAAGUGUGACAGCCCCACCACUAAUUCAGAAGGAGAAAUCUUUGAUUGAGCAUUUAGAGAAUGUUGGGCUUUUAGCGUCAAAGACCACUGGGGCUUCAUUAUCAACGGAGAGUCACUCUGCAUGUGUUAUGGUGGAAAAAUAUCUUCAUGAUAACAAAACUAUUGGAGCUAAAGAUGAUCCUCUAGUCUACUGGGAGAAGAGGAAGUGGCUUUGGCCAGCCCUGACAAGACUUGCCUUUAUGUAUCUCACAUGCCCACCUUCCAGUAUUUCUGCAGAACGUGUCUUUAACUCUCCACGUGCAUACAUGAAUAAGCAUAAAUUUAUGGACAUUAUGGAAGGCAUGGAACACAUAGUAUUUUUGAAGGUUAAUUUAGAAAACUUCCCCAACUAUACACCUCCACCUCUAAUCUUCUCUUCAGACAAUGAGACAGAGCAGAGUGAUAGUGAUGAAUCCUUUUAAAACUUUUAAAUUGCUUCAGUAUUGGCUUCAGCUGAGCAUUUUUGUAAGAGAUAAAUUGGAAAAAGUGAAGAAAUUAUGUCCUAAAAAUAAAAAUGAUUAUGUGAAUUUA